AUGUAUGUAAAGCUAUCAGAGAAACCGAUAGUCAAAUAUGACUGGCUUACAAAGUGGCAACAAAGGUGGGCCAGAAAAGUAGAAAACUUGAUAGAUGACAUUAAAGAAUGCUUGAUGCUACUAUGAAGAAAGUGGCAACAUAUGAGUGAAAUGGAAACCUUUGCAGAGAGACAAGCAGCUUGUGACGAGCUUUUAAAAAGUGACGAAGAUCAAUACAGACUGUAUGAAGCUGUGAAAGGUCUCAUGCUAAACACUGCGAUCAGAUUAUAUGAAGACAAGAGGGGAAAGGAAGUCCGUGUUCUCCUGUUUGCUCAGGCUACAUCCAGCAAUCCUUCCUAGCUAAUGGAAAAUCUCUUGAAUCAGCUUGGUCACACCGGAGGCCUUGAACAAAUGGAGAUGUUUCUCCUGGCCUGUGCUUUGCAGCACACCAUCCAAGUAUAUCGGCGGUACAAGUACAGCACAGAUGAAUUCAUCACCCUUUAUCCCAAUGACCCAGAAGAGGCCUGACCAGUGGUGACCCUUAUAGUUGAAGAUGACAGACUUUAUAAUUUUCCUUUUAGAAUGUGUGAAGAAACCAGUGUGUAG